CUGGACACCAGCAAGAUCACCAACAUGUCAGCUGUGGAGUUCACCCCCCUGCCCACUUGUCUCCAGCACCAGAGCUGUGUCACCUGUGUCACCUCCGAGCUGACCUUCAACUGCUCCUGGUGCCACGUCCUGCAGAGAUGUUCCAGUGGCUUCGAUCGGUACCGUGAGGAGUGGCUUUCCUAUGGCUGUGCCCAAAAGUCAGCUGAGGAGACCUGUGAGGAUUUAGCAGAAGGUGACCACUACUCAGCACCUCCUGACACCUCCUCCUCCUCCCCCCAGGAUGAGGAUUUCACCUCCUCCCCCUCCUCACUCUUCCUUGGCAGCCUCACAACAGAAGAUGACACCAAGCUCAAUCAGUAUGCAGGAAGUGAAGGUGUGGCAAGCAGCUUUCCUUCCAAGAAAGGUGUCCCCAUCCACACAGGGACCAUCGUGGGGAUUGUCCUGGCUGUGGUGCUCCUUGCAGGCAUCAUCCUGGCUGGGAUCUACAUCAACAGCCACCCCACCUCCAACGCUGCCCUGUUCUUCAUUGAGAGGAGGCCACACCACUGGCCAUCCAUGAAGUUCCGAAAUCACAGCAACCACACCACCUACUCCGAGGUGGAGCCCAGCAGCCAGGAAAAGGAGGGAUUUGUGGAAGCAGAACAGUGCUGAGCUCUGCUCCCCCUGCGUCUCAGACCUCCCCUGUCUCACGUGUUGGAGUCUUCUGUUAUCCUACUGCAAAGUCUUUCCCCUCUUGGAAAAGAAACAGGAAGCAGAGGGAAAAAAGAAAAAAGAACCCAAUGGAGAGUUGGGAAAGGAGGAGUCGGGGUGAUGGGAGGCUCUGGACUCUCCUGGAUCCUUCCUGGGAAGCAGAACCUGGAGGCAGAGGUUGGGAGAUUGGGCUCAGCCCAGCCCAGCCCUGGAUGUGGUGGUGGAACAAAGUGCACUCGGAAUUUUGGGUUGAAAUGGGGUUGGUUUGGGGUUUUGUGCUUGGUUGCUUUUACCCCCUGAGCGUGGCUGAUUUCUUCCCUCCUCCCCCAGGAGUCUUAAGAGGAGCAGCAAAGGGGGGGGGGGGAAAAAAAAAUCUCUGUCUGAGGUUUGCCUCAAGGAGCAGCUCUUCCUGGGGAGAGCAAAGAUGUUUUGUGGUGCAGAGGGGCUCUGUCUGCUCAGGAAAGUUGGGCUGGAUGCUUCUCUCCAGGAGCUGGGGAUUUGUGCUUCCCAAGGCUGGAUUCCCAGGGCUCAGCUCCCCUUUCCCAUCCCCUUUCUCUGCCCUCUCCUUUUGGGGCAGGUGACAUUUAAUUUCACCUUUGUGGCUAAGAAGCCUUUGAAGCUUUUGUCCCUUUUCAUCCUGCAGUUGGAUUUCCACCUCCAUUGCUUCAACUCCCUGCCCUCCCCUCUUUUCCAAGCAGCAGCUUCCACCCCCCACCCCCUGCUCUGAAAAAGGGGAAACCUGAUUUAUUUUCAGGGCAAAACCCUGCAAAGGAUUCACCUCCAGGAUGCUGCUGAGCCAAGGCACUUCUCAGCAGCUGCUGUGUUUGCUACAAUUUGAAGUGUGACCCUUUUCCUAGAGGAGGCAGAGGGUGGAAAAAAUAAAAUAAAUCCCAGAUUCCAUCUAAAUAGAUCCUCCUGGCAUGGCCAUUCCCCCAGGAGGAACAGGGGAAGGGGUUUUUGGGGGGAUGAGGAUGGGGACAACACUAAGUAGAAGCAGGGAUAAAUCCUGACUUAGAUCCAAGCUCAUUCAGGGGCAUUUCACAGGAAUAAAAAGCACAAAAAGCAGCUGUGCCUGGACAGCAUGGAACAUGUGAACAUCACUCUGUUAACAUCCUGGGUUUUAGAGCAGGGGAAUUUCUUUGAUUAUUUUCUUGUGGCUGUGAUAAGCCCCUGGUCUGGAUUUGUGAUUUAGUGAUUCCAGAACCUGACCCUCAUGAAGGGCUUUUUGACACUUGACCUCUCAGGGUUUUUUACUCCUUCUGUGCAGUCAGAAUUCAAGACCAAGCCACCCCACACCUCCACAGACACCAGCUGCAGGGUUUGGGCCCUAAACUGAGGAAAGUUUGCAUAAAAAAUAAAUAAAUCCAAAGUCCAGAGUAAGGUGAAGUUUUCCUUACCCCAGCAAAACAGCUGUUGGGUGUAUGGGGCUUUUUUUUUUAUCCCUUUUUAACAAAAAAUGUCUCUUGAUCCUCAGUUAUUUAUUCUGAUAAUCAUCUUGGGUGCAUAUUUUAUCCACUGGCUGGUUCAGCUGUCACUGGUGGUGAUUACUGCCAAAGGCAGGGUCUGUCUAAUUAAUGUUUUCCUUCUCAUCUGCUGAAUUUAUAUAGCCAUUAAAGAUAAAUAUGGAUGCUUUGUGGCAUUUAGACCCCAGAUUAUACUUUCUCAUUCCUAGCCACUAGGGAGACUUUUGCUGCAUCUUAUUAUGGCAUAAAGGCAGCAAAAUGCUCCAGCAGGGUAAGGCAGGCUGAGUCCUGCCAAGCUGUUAUGGCCCAGACAGUCUCUCUUCAGACAUCUUUUGAAAAUAAACUUUAUUCCCAAAUAAAGGUUUCAACUGGAA